AUGGCCAUCCCGGAGCCGCAGCGGGGCGGCCGCCUGCUGUUCCUGGGGAUCCUGGGCCUUGCAUUGCUGGUCAUCGCCCUGCUCUUCUACGCACUGCUCUGGAAGGCCGGCGACCUCACCGAGCUGCCUGACCUCCGCAUCGGUUUCUAUAACUUCUGCCUGUGGAAUGAGGACACAGACCGCCUGCAGUGCCACCAGUUCCCCGAGCUGGAGGCCCUGGGUGUGCCGCGGGCCGGCCUGGCCCUGGCCCGGCUGGGAGUCUACGGGGCCCUGGUCCUCACCCUUUUUGUCCCCCUGCCACUUCUCCUGGCACGGUGCAAGAGGGAUGAGGGGGAGUGGCAGCUGGCCGUGGGCUUCCUGGCAGCUUCCACGGUGCUGCUGGCCAGUGGCCUGGGCCUCUUCCUGUCCUUGGUGUGGAGGUGGCUCCGGCUCGCCCUGCUGGGUCCGGGGUUUCUAGCUUUGGGCACUGCCCAGGCCUUGCUCAUUCUCCUGCUUGUGGUCACAGCUGCAUUCCCUCUGGGGGCAGGGAGGGACAAGAGCCAGCUUGAGAGCUGCUAGUCCUCUCUAAAGGCUCACGCAACUGUGAGGGUGUGUUGUUUGAACUAUGCUCAGAUGCUGCCAGAGAAUUCUCAGGCUGGUCUCUCCUCAGCCAUCCUGUUCACAGCUGAUGCUGACCUCAAGCUUUGGCAGAGGGGACCCGCUGCAGACCUAUCAGGCCCAGAGUGGCAAGGGUCACUGGGCCCUGCGACUUCCUAGUGUAGGCAUCUGUCCUUCGGGACCUCCAAGGCCCCCUCCCAAAACCACACAGCUCGUUGCCACACACGUCUGCUUUAAUUAACCUGAGCAAACCCUUCCAAGUGUAUCCUCGGGAGGGUGUGGAGGCAGGGACACCUACCACAGGGCCACAUGUCCAGUCUGAUUCUGGCAAAGUAGAACCCAAGCAAGGUUUUUAUGGCAACAAACAUGGGGAGGGGCAUCACAGGACAGAGCGCCUUAGUGUCCCCAGGGACCUGGAUCUCACGUGGCCCUAUUCCCCUGCCUGCUCCCCGCUCCAGCUACUCCACCUGAGGGGUGGGACAUGAGCCCUGCCCAGUGCCUCCACCCCCAGAGCCAACCCCGUGAGCCCAGGAAUGGCUUCUGAGGAUUCACAUGACACGCAGGACAAGGAGAGCAGCCUGGGUGGCUUUGGAGGGUUCUCUGAAAAUCCCACAGCUGGAGGCAGACAGACAGGGGCUCAGCUGGCAGAUCCAUUCCUGGUGGCUGACCUGGGAGCAGGGCAGAGUGGCCAAAUGUCGGGAGGGAGAAGGUGAGAGGGAUGGGGCCCCACAAAGACUAUGCCGUGGCCCUGGAGAGGACAGAGCAGGGCCACCUCUGCACUGGGGAAUGGAUACAGCAUCAGUACCUGUGCUGGAAACUGGAUGGCAAAGGAAGCACCCCCAUGCCCGUCAGGGCCACGCUGCACCCUGAGGCAGCAGCCUGGCUCCUCCCCACUCUCACUUUGGGCUGCAUUCAGUGUCCGUCUGUCCUCGGCAGAGACUGCCAGUGAUGAGGCCUGUGUGGUUCACCAUUCACCAACCCACCCCCCUGGGCGACUGAAGCCCUGGCUGGCAGACUGUGGACAGGGUUUUUCUGGGUGCCUGGAGCCCUGGAUGGCAGACUAUGGACAGGGUUUAUACCGGGGUGCCUGGAGCCCUGGAUGCAGACCGUGGGCAGGGUUUGUCCGGGGCGCCUGGAGCAGUCAGGGCUCACCGAGUGACUGACUGGUUGUCUGCGCUGCAGCGGAAGAUCCUGGGCAAGGAGAAGCUGUGCCCACUAACCUGGAGGGUCUCACCUGUUUGGCAGCCGAGCUUCUCUUUGAAAA